GGCGGCGGCGGCGAUGUUCGUGGCGCGCAGCAUCGCGGCGGACCACAAGGACCUCAUCCACGAUGUCUCCUUCGACUUCCACGGGAGGAGGAUGGCCACCUGCUCCAGCGACCAGAGCGUCAAGGUCUGGGACAAAAGCGAAAGUGGAGACUGGCAUUGUACGGCUAGCUGGAAAACACACAGCGGAUCUGUAUGGCGUGUGACGUGGGCCCAUCCUGAAUUUGGACAGGUUCUGGCAUCCUGUUCCUUUGACAGAACUGCAGCAGUGUGGGAAGAAAUAGUGGGAGAGUCAAACGAUAAACUCCGAGGACAGAGUCACUGGGUUAAAAGGACCACGUUAGUGGAUAGCCGGACGUCGGUUACUGAUGUGAAAUUUGCACCCAAGCAUAUGGGUCUCAUGUUAGCCACCUGUUCGGCGGAUGGUGUAGUGAGAAUAUACGAGGCUCCCGAUGUUAUGAAUCUCAGUCAGUGGUCCUUGCAACAUGAAAUUUCCUGUAAACUAAGCUGCAGCUGUAUUUCUUGGAACCCUUCGAGUUCUCGUGCUCAUUCUCCCAUGAUUGCAGUAGGAAGCGACGAUAAUAGUCCAAACGUAACAGCUAAGGUUCAGAUCUACGAAUAUAACGAAAACACCAGAAAAUACGCAAAGGCAGAAACACUUAUGACAGUCACUGAUCCUGUACAUGACAUUGCAUUUGCUCCAAACCUGGGAAGAUCUUUUCAUAUUUUAGCGGUAGCAACCAAAGAUGUAAGAAUUUUCACUCUCAAACCAGUAAGAAAAGAACUGACUUCCUCUGGUGGACCUACAAAAUUUGAGAUACAUAUAGUGGCUCAGUUUGAUAAUCACAACUCUCAGGUCUGGCGAGUAAGCUGGAAUAUAACGGGUACAGUGCUGGCAUCAUCUGGGGAUGAUGGCUGUGUAAGAUUAUGGAAAGCCAACUACAUGGACAAUUGGAAAUGCACUGGUAUUUUGAAAGGUAACGGGAGCCCAGUCAAUGGGAGCUCUUCUCAACUGGGAAACUCAAAUGCCUCUUUAGGUUCCAACAAUCCAAAUCUACAGAAUUCCCUGAAUGGAUCAUCUGCCGGCAGAAAGCACAGCUGAUUUCAAGCUAACUGGAGUAACUUUGCUGUUUUGCUGCUUGUUGCAUGUACACAGGAAUGGAAAGCGAGCUCCUUUUUCCCCCUCCCCAGCGCCAUUUGACCUCUCCCAUUCAAGACACACCAGCAGCCCUGCUUACUACUAAACGCAGUCCAAAAGGCCUUUUAAAAACAAAAUACACUGGGUAGCGUUUUUUGUAUAGCAAUUGGUUUACACUUUCGGGAACUUCUGAAAGCUGAUCAGUUGGAGAGGCUUCUUGUUGGGACAGAUUUUCACCAGAACAGUUUUGGAGGAGUGUCUGUGAAAUUAAUAUCUUGGCAGGGGAAAAAAAAAUCUGUUCUCACAGCUCACGGGAGGAGGGAUGGGAAAUCACAUUAUCCUCUUUGGAAAAUGCAGACGCCUUUGUGGUUCUAACAUCACUCGUGUUUUCCACUUACAUAGAGAAUGGCGAAUGUUUAUAUUUUUCAUUUGAAAUGUAAUAAAUUAAUUUUCAUGAAGAUUGUUUUGAGUGUUGAAUUGCUCUACAUUUUUGAAUGUUGCUGUGAGCCUGUUAAUAUUUCCCUACGUGACCCUUGUAAUUUCUUUUGUGUUUUUUUUUAAAACUUUUAGGACUAAAAUAGAUGGUGAAAGUAACUGUACAGUUAAUACCUCAGUUUAGUUUUCGGUAUUGCUUCAUUUACUCCUCAGCAGUACAAUAUAAAUGGCUUUGUAAAUGCUUUAUUUACUAGCCCACACCACAGAGAUCAUUUAGAAGUGUGCUUGGAUGUUCCUGUGGUGUCAUUUUCUGGCAUGUAAAAUAUUCUCUCCAAGUAUAGAAUUUGUCCAAUGAAAAUUUCCCUAACAUUGUUUCCUGUGGAUGACACUUCAGGAUGGCAUUUCCUGGGAUUUUUCUCAAUCAUUUGACUGUUCUUUGAAGUGCUAUCAGUCGUAAACCUGAUCGUUAGGAUCUAAAAACUUCCCUAGCUAUAUUUCACAGAGGUUCUAAAAUGCUUAAAAAUCACUGGUAAAAUCUAAAAAAAUGGCAAAAGAAUAACCGCAGGAAAUGGCAAAAUUAUUUGUCUCGUCAGAAAUCCGUAGUCAUUUGGUGAUUUUUUUUUUUUUGGAAGGAAAAUGUAAAUAGACUGGAUUUCUACAAAAGACUUGUCAUUUCUGGAAAUCGUAAUGGUUGUUCAUCGUAAUUAGCUUUAAAUUUGGCACACUGUCCUGCUGCUACAAAUAAAGCAUUACUAAAACUCUGCUAAAUGGGGUUCUGUGAACUAUAGGAGACAGUGAGCAUUCAAACUAGCUGGUGAGGAAUUUCAAGAAAUAAAUGUCUUCCUUUGUGCAGUGCAUACUAGGAGAAUUUUUUUGGUACUUUUAGUUUAAAGGAUUGCACUUGCUUCUUUGAAAGUUUCUGAAGUUGCUUCAGCAACCUUGGUUUCAAUUAGGACCUUGAUUUUCUGCUAUGUUCUGUUAGUUUUGGCAUGAUAUACUAAAGCUUUUUUUUUUCCAGCAUGUCUCUUCUCCCCUUUGGUUCUCCUUGUAUUUACUACUUUUCUCUUUUUUUCUUCUUCUUUUUUUUGUUUUGUUUUUUUGGUUUGGUUUGGUUUGGUUUGGUGUUUUGUUCCUGUCUUCAUUGUUUCAGGUAUUUCUUUCCCCCUCUGGAUCCCCCAAGGGCUGGAUCGAGAUGGUCCAGUUAUGCCCAGCUCCCUCCUCCUCCUCCUCCUCCUCCUCCUCCUCCUCCUCCUCCUCUGAUAGAGCAGUCUUGCGAUGCUGACACUGCCAACUUCCAGUAUCCUCACCCUCGCAGACGAUAUCUCUCUCAACCUCUUAAUCCCUUACCUGAGAACGAAGGGGUUUAAAAUACUUCUCUAAAAAACCCAAAAGGCCUUAUUCGGAUGCUUGCGAAUGCUUCCAUUCCUUUCUGCUUUUUUAUUCGUUGUCUUCCAGAAGAUUUUGAAAAUUCAGGACUCUCGUGCAUGAGACGCAAACCAAACCUGGCCUCUGGCACCUUUCAUUUGUUUGUGCUUGUGCAGCAGAGGAACAUUUGCUUCAUUGGUUGAUCCUCUCGGAUGAGAAAUGACAGCAUUAUCUGUGAAAGCCAUCCGACAUACCUGAUUUCAAAGUGCCUGGCCUGUACAUUUUUGUUUUGUAUUAAAUUUGUCAUGGUCUUUGAGUGUCUUACGUUUUAAAUAUCCAAUCGGUUAAGAAGACAGUGUAUCAUCUUCAAGUUCGACAUUCCUUUGGGAUGUAUUUUUAGGAACUGUUUUCAAAUUUGAAAGGUCAAUGUUGAAAUUGUUUGAAGUGGAAAAUAAACCAUUCCUGUGGAUAACGCAGCAAACCA